AGGAAUUCUUCAAAAAUGCUUACCGUAAAUAGGGGCAGGCACCGGGAACCGAAACACGUACCGACUCCGAAUCAGCUGGUUGCCAUCCCUACUAACAUUAGAAGCUCAAGAAUUAUAACUGAAAUGGAAAGGACUCGAAACAAAAAGGAAAUGAAAUUCCCAUUUUGCUCCUUAAUACAAAAACCAGGGGCAAAGACUCCACAUCACAACGCCGCCAGAGCUUUCCAUGCCGGCGGCUCCUCUGACGCCCGCACCUUCCCGCCUCGGGAAUUCUCUUUCUCUCUCUUCGGCACACCGUUCUGAUGGGACUGAGAGAGAAACGAAAAGGGCAAGAGAGAGAUGGCCGCUCGCAAGAGCUGAAGCUAGCGGUGGUUUUAGAAAGCGCUGCCAAUUUUAAAAGCAGAGGCUAUUUCCCUCUAGUUUUUGUCUGAACGGGUAAAAUGGAAACUUCAAACUUUGCUGGGUUGAAAUAGGACCUAAAAAUAGUAUAUUUGAGAAGAUGACGGGCAAAUGUGCACCAACCACACCAAAGCUUGGAGAAUCGACGUCGUGAAAAAAAUAUUUCCAAUCCGCAUGAAAGUGCUUUUUCUGGAUGCAAUAUUCAACGUCCUGAAAAAAACCAACUCAAAUUUUCUCUUCAAGUUACAUUGCAUUGAAUUAGCCUGAUGGGCCGUUGCACUUUCUCGUCAGACAAUAUCGUAAUAACUCCUCCGAAUGAUAUACGAUCAUACAGACUAAUUGAGCUCGAGAAUGGCCUCACUGCAUUGCUCGUUCACGAUCCUGAAAUUUACCCAGAAGGGCCACCUGAACAAGCUGAAGAAGAAUUAGAGGAAGAUGAGGGCGGCAAGGAUGGAGAGGCAGAGGAACAUAGGGAAGGAGAGGUUGAAGAGAACGGUGUAGGAGAUGAAGAUGAUGAACAACCGGAAGGUGGAGACGGUGAACUGAGAAGGAAGAGAAAGGGAAAGGGAGGUGCUUCCCAGACCAAGAGAAAGAGAAAGGGAGAUGCUUCCCAAACCAAGAAGGCAGCUGCAGCAAUGUCCAUAGGAAUAGGCAGCUUCUCUGACCCGAUCGAGGCACAGGGACUUGCGCAUUUUCUUGAACACAUGCUUUUCAUGGGGAGUACAGAGUUUCCAGAUGAAAAUGAGUAUGAUAGUUACUUGUCCAAGCAUGGAGGGUCAUCAAAUGCAUACACAGAAGCAGAGCAUACCUGCUACCAUUUUGAAGUGAAACAGGAGUUUCUUAAGGGUGCGUUGAGAAGAUUUUCUCAGUUCUUUGUUUCCCCCCUAAUGAAAAUUGAAGCCAUGGAGCGAGAGGUACAGGCUGUAGAUUCAGAAUUUAACCAGGUUUUGCAGAAUGAGUCGUGCCGCCUUGAACAAUUUCACUGCCAUACAGCCGCACCUGGUCACCCAUUUAAUAAGUUCUUUUGGGGAAAUAAGAAGAGCUUGGUUGAUGCAAUGGAAAAUGGGAUCAACUUGCGCGAACGAAUACUAAAAUUGUACAGAGAUUAUUACCAUGGUGGACUGAUGAAGCUAGUUGUCAUUGGUGGAGAAUCUCUUGAUAUACUUGAGGAUUGGGUUGUGGAGUUGUUUACUAAUGUCAAAAAAGGUCCCCAAGAAAAGCUGCAGUUCAAGGCAGAAGGCCCUAUCUGGAAAGCUGGAAAACUUUACAGGCUAGAGCCUGUUAGAGAUUUUCAUAUGCUCUACUUGACAUGGACACUUCCAUGUCUUCAUCAAGAAUAUUUGAAGAAACCAGAAGAUUAUUUAGCUCAUCUCCUUGGACACGAGGGCCGGGGAAGUUUGCAUUUUUACCUCAAAGCUAGAGGGUGGGCAACAUAUUUGGCUGCUGGUGCUGGCGGUGGAUGUAUUUACCAAACUUCUGUGGCUUAUGUCUUCAACAUGACCAUACACCUCACUGAUUCUGGAUUGGAAAAGAUGUUUGACGUAAUUGGCAUUGUGUAUCAAUACAUUAAGUUACUGCAUCAAGUGUCUCCACAAGAAUGGAUAUUUAGGGAACUCCAGGAUAUUGGAAAUAUGGAAUUUAAAUUCUCAGAGGAACCGGCCCAGGAUUCUUAUGCUUCAGGACUUGCAGGAAGUUUACUAUUUUAUCCAGCAAAAUAUAUAAUUUAUGGUGGCUAUGCAUACGAGAGUUGGGAUGAGGAAUUGAUAAAACAUGUUCUUGGUUUCUUCACACCAGAUAACAUGAGGGUUGAUUUGGUAUCAAAGUCCUCAAUUAAGUCAGAAGAUUUCCAGUGCGAGCCUUGGUUUGGGUCAAAAUAUACUGAGGAGGAUAUAUCUCCUUCUUUGAUGGAUUUGUGGAAGGAUCCUCUAGAAAUUGAUGUUUCAUUGCACCUCCCUUCUAAAAACGAGUUCAUUCCUUUUGAUUUUUCCAUCCGUUCCGAUAACUCGUGUCAUGAUCCUGCAAAUAUAUCUUCCCCAAGAUGUAUAAUUGAUGAACCAUUAAUGAAGCUCUGGUACAAGCUUGAUACCACUUUUAAGCUUCCGCGGGUAAAUACAUACUUCCGCAUCAGUCUGAAGGGUGGAUGUGCUAAUCUGAGGAAUUCUAUUUUGAUGGAACUAUAUGGUCGCCUUCUUAGAGAUGAGCUGAAUGAGAUUAUAUAUCAGGCACUGCUUGCCAAUCUGGAAGCUUAUGUAGGUCCGGUUGGUGAAAAACUGGAGAUCAAGGUCAGUGGUUUCAACGAUAAGCUUCCAGCUCUCUUAUCAAAAAUCUUGGCCACAGUCAAAAAUUUUUUGCCAACCGAUGAUCGCUUGAAGGUUAUUAAAGAAAAUAUGAAGCGAAGGAUAAAGAACACGAAUAUGAAUCCUCUGGUGCACACAUCAUACUUGAGACUGCAAGUUCUGUGGCAGACUUUCUAUGAUCCAGAUGACAAGUUGCAUGUUUUAGACGAAUUGUCUAUUUCCGAUUUGAAUUCAUUUAUUCCGGAGCUUUGGUCCCAGGUAUUCAUUGAGGGCCUUUGCCAUGGCAAUAUGUUAGAAGAAGAAGCAAUUAGCCUUUCAAAUAUAUUCAAAAUGAAUUUUUCCGGACAACCACUUCCUACCGAAUUGUGGCAUAGAGAACGUGUUCUUUGUCUUCCUCCUGGUGCUAACCUGGUCAGAGAUGCCAGUGUGAAGAACAAGUCGGAAACAAACUCUGUAACUGAGCUGCAUUUUCAAAUUAAGCAGGACGUGUUGACCACAAUGAACGGAGUGAUAGAUCUUUUGAUUGCAAUUAUAUGGGAACCACUUUUCAAUCAGCUAAGGACGAAGGAGCAGCUUGGAUAUAUUGUUGAGUGUGGCCCACGGAUAACAUACCGUGUUUUCGGCUUUAUUUUCUAUGUUCAGUCGUCUGAGUACAGCCCAGUCUACUUACAAGAGAGAAUUGACAACUUUAUAGAUGGUCUGGAAGAAUUGUUGGAAGGGAUUGAUGAUGAUUUGUUUGAAAAUUAUAGAAGUGGGCUAAUGGCUGGCCUAUUGGAGAAAGAUCUAUCCCUCACUUGUGAAACCGAUAGAUAUUGGUGUGAGAUUGUUGGAAAAAGGUAUAUGUUUGACUUUGCUGCAGAGGAAGCAGAAGAGCUCAAAACCAUUCACAAGGAGGAUGUUAUCAACUGGUACAGAACAUAUCUACAACAAUCAUCGCCCAAGUGUCGUAGACUUGCGACUCGGGUUUGGGGUUGCAACACUGACCCGAAAGAGGCUGAAGCGCGAUCGGAGUCGAUGAAAGUCAUCGAAGACCCUGCAACCUUCAAGAUGUCAUCUACGUUCUACCCCAGCCUCUGUUGAAAAUAUAGACGAGCUUUGAUUAUGUUUGUCAAAAACUAAACCAUUAGAAACAAUGAAGCCUCAGUUUGGAGCAGGUGCAUUCAUUCAUUCAUUUGAAUAAGAUUCAUAAAUUGGUAAUAAAGUGAAAUUUUUGAUUC